UGUCGUGACAAGCACCAAAACAUGAACGAGGAAGUGAAAAAAUAAAUUCACUUACAUAAGGGCGCGUACGUAGGUGUAUACUAGUAGUUUAAAUACGUGAAAUAAAUAUAAUCAAAAUGUAUCCUGAACAGACAAGCCAUUGGAUUAUUUCUAUCUUGAUGUGCAUCAUUGCUGCAUCGAGUGAGAAUAUAACCCUCAUAGAAGGUCCUAAAGAUACUGCAGCACUGUCUGGACAAAACGCCACUUUGAUAUGCCAUGUCAAUACUACUGCAUCCGGGUCUGGUCAUGUUGUACAGUGGGUAGGCAAUUCCUAUAGAACAGGAUUAGGUCGUCCACUAUCGGUUAAUGAUAGAAUCACAAUAACGGGUGCACCAAACAAGUUCUCUAUAAGUAGUUUGAAGCCCUAUAAUCUUCAUCUGCAAAACACAGACCUGGAUGAUGCGGGAAAGUAUACUUGUAACAACGUACUCAUUGGGUCUCCUGUUGGUGGUCUUGAGCCCCAGUUAGUCGUACUUGAUCCUGAACCAUGUCCAAUGUCAGCAAAUACAACAUCUCGCGAGAACGAUACUAUAAAGAUCACGUGGUCUGUUAAAUAUGCUGGUAACAGAAAUGAUAGCCAGAAACCCACCAUUAGAUGGACAUUGAAUGGUAUCCAACAGACUGCAACAGUAAAUGAAACAACACCAGGGGAUUUCAGCUCUUCGUUUACAAGAUCGGCAAGUAGUGACGAUGACCAGAUGGAACUAAAUUGUUCCUUAAGCGUAUUGAAUAUCCAAGAACACUGUUCAACUAAACUUGAUAUACAGUAUCCAGCGCGGAUGCCCGUCCUCUUUGAAAAUGGUAAAAAUAUUAGAGAUCAGCAUAACUCAAAACACACAAUUGGAAGUAAUGUACAACUAAAAGGAGAAUCGCGUGGAAAUCCAGCAUCAACAAUAACAUGGCAAGUUAAAACGACGAGUGAUGAAAACUUUGGUUCUGAAGAAGCCGGGGACACAAAGCAAAUCAAUAACAUACAGUUCAACCAGACCGGGGUGUACAAAUGUUGUGCCAGAAAUGCUCUAAAUGGUUAUAGGGAGUGUAGUGAAUUAACCAUUGAAGUCGUGGCAGUUAGCAGAGCGGCCUCGACGUCACCCUAUAUGCACGCCCUUUGGGUUAUACUUAUCGUAUCGUUCUCUUAUCCAAUGGUUACAAGAUUGCAUCGUUCUACGUGGCCUGCCCUUGUAUCUAGGAAAGGACGUUUUAUAACCAAAGGUCUGUACAAGACAGUUCAUUGUAACUUAUAUGAAGUAAUAUUCCGUAAAUAAUAAGACAAAAAAUGUCUAAGAUAUCUAUUCAGAUAUAACACUGUUCCAUUUGAUACUUACAUAUCAUAACCUGGUACUUAGAAGCAACUACAGGCAAUGUAUAUCAUCUUGAAAAACAAGACGAAAUGUAUUAUAACGUAUAACAAAUACGUAAGUUCACAUAUAAUCGAAUAUUAUUGUAUGCAAUAUAAAAUGAGUCUGUAUGUUUAUUUUAUUAUUUUAAAGUUGUAGUUUUUGUUAAUGUAGUUGUGUACUCGCGUACCUUCAAUUAAUAUGUAAAUAUUAGCAGAUUAAUAAAAC